UCGUGUGGAUUCUUCAUCGUAUAUCUGUGAUGCCAACACUUCAUGCUGUAUUCCUUCGGUUCUGUGUUAGAAUACUGCUUACUAUUAAAAACGAUGCCUUUACUAGAAUAGAGAGACACACAAAACAUUUCAUCCUACUCACAAAGGUAAUCAAGAUUGUGUUCUGCUUAGGAAGGACGGCUGAAGGAUGGUUGAUCCAAAGGGUAGUUCCUCGUGGUUAAAGAGUCUAGAUAUCAGUGGCAUAUGGAAAGAUCAUGGAGAAUGUGGAGCUCUGGCAGCCAUAGUCAUAAGCAUCCUUGUUCCUGUUUUGUUUUCAGCUUUGUUCUUUGCAAAGAAAAAAGGAAAAAUAAGAGGUGUGCCUGUUGAAGUUAGUGGUGAGGGAGGUUAUGCAAUACGUAAUGCUAGAAAAACUGAGUUGGUUGAAGUUCCUUGGAAAGGAGCUCCAACCAUGGCUCAUCUGUUUGAGCAAUCAUGUGAUAAAUAUACGCAAAAUCAAUUUCUUGGAACAAGAAAACUAAUACAAAGGGAGUUCGUUACAUCUAGUGAUGACAGGAAGUUUGAGAAACUUCAUUUAGGAGACUAUGAAUGGGAAACCUAUGGAGAAGUGUUUGCUCGUGUGUCCAAUUUUGCAUCUGGUCUUCUUAAGUUAGGCCAUGUUAUGGAUAGCCGUGUUGCUAUUUUCUCUGAUACAAGGGCGGAGUGGCUCAUUACCCUUCAGGGUUGCUUCAGGCAGAAUGUAACAGUUGUUACCAUUUAUGCUUCUCUAGGAGAGGAUGCCCUGAUCCACUCACUAAAUGAGACUGAAGUAUCUACUCUGAUCUGUGACUCCAAGCAGUUGAGGAAGUUGGAUGCAAUAAGAUCAAGACUAACAUCUAUACAAAACGUUAUUUACUUUGAAGAUGAUGAGAAAGAAGAUUCUUUCUCAGGAAGUUUGAGUGGUUGGACAAUUGCAUCUUUUAUUGAAGUUGAGAAACUUGGGAAAGAAAGUCCUGUUGAGCCAAGCCUGCCUUCCAAGAAUGAUACUGCAGUUAUCAUGUACACAAGUGGGAGUACAGGUCUGCCAAAGGUUUGUUUCUUCUUCAACUUUAGUUCUAGGUGUAGUCUCUUUCUGUGUCUGAUAUUCAUUAUUCACUACGUCCUUGCAAAAUUUUUUGUCCAGACUCCAAAAUUUUGAUUUUUAAAUGUAUCAACAACUCGAUACCUGUUAACUAUUGUGGUUGUAAGCAUGGGUAGUUAGAGUAUUGACUUGAGUCUCGGUAUUACCUUAUUGUGAACAUGUUUUUAGGUGGUAAAUUAUAACCAAUACCCAUAUUAGCUCAUUCUGCAGAUAUGAUUAAAAUUUUCUAGUCUGCUAACAUUGAGAAUUAAGAGUAUUCCCAACAGCUCUG